AUGACACCAACUGAUGCCGAAGAACUGCGCAGUCCAGUAGUUAGGUCUGAUAUAUCCUUUUUUGAUUUAGAAUCCAACCACUCAAGCGACUCUGUUCAUUUACUUUGCGAAAAAUAUACCCACAAAUUGCCCAUCGAAAGUGAAUCGCAAACCACGUUCAGACUUACCCCAAUAAAACAGAAAUUAUACAAACAGAAUACUUUAUAUGUACCGUUGACUCUCAAGCAACGGUUUGUCUUAUUUACUAAAUGGAUGAGGAGUAUCUGGGCCAGGGUGCCAAGCUGUAAGCCAAAUAAAUAUACCAAAGUUGCUUUUGCCUUAGCCGUGCUGACCCCGUUGGCUAUUUGGAUUUUUUAUAUUGACUUUCAUUUAACAUGA